AUGGCGCUUUCAGCGAGGGAGCGGGAGGCCGUGACUGCACUGUGGAGGAAGAUGGGGAACAAUGUGGGCGUCUACACUACAGAGGCCCUAGAAAGGACCUUCAUCGCCUUUCCCACUACCAAGAUUUACUUCCACCACUUGAACCUUACUCCAGGUUCAAAAGACAUCAAAGCCCAAGGCAAGAAGGUGGCGGACGCGCUGACCCAAGCUGUGGACCAACUGGACGACCUGCCUGGUGCAUUGUCUGAGCUGAGAGAUCUGCAUUCGCAUAAGUUGAAGGUGGACCCCAUCAACUUCCAGCACUUUGGUCAUUGCCUGCUGGUGACCCUGGCCCGUCACUACCCCGGGGACUUCAGUCCUGUCAUGCAGGCCUCUGUAGACAAGUUCCUGAGCCACGUAACCUCGGUGAUGAUCUCCAAAUGCUGCUGA